UAUUGAGUAAUACUCGAGAUUAAAAUCAACACAAUGUUUGUUCGAUGCCGCCCAGACUGGAACCGCACAACUCACCAAACCUUACAGGUCCUUGGACUUGCCGAACCCGGAACCCCUUUUCAUCCCGUCUUUGACAGUCCGGGGUAAAGGCGGAGCCGUCGCCCUGGACCAAAAUUUCGAAAACUGCACCCUCCACGGACUGAGCACCAUGAAAUUUGACCACUUUGAGUUGGAUUUCGACAAGAAGGUUUUAUCGGCGAGUGGAGUCAUCCCGAGGUUGGAAUUCAAGUGUCACUAUAACCUAGACGGGAAGAUACUUCUUUUGGCUAUCAAGGGUGAAGGUAACAGCAACAUUACCUUGGCCAAUUGCUAUGCAAAGUAUCGCUCGUUUUAUGAAGAAUUUACGAAAAAUGGGGAGACUUUUUAUAAGAAACUUCGUACGGAAACGGAGACGACGGCAGACCGCUGGUACUUCCACUUUGAUAACCUUUUUGACGGGAAUAAGGAGUUGGGUGACAAUAUUAAUCUGGUGAUGAACGACAACUGGAAAGAAAUCGCGGACGAGUUGCAACCUGAGUACAACGAAAUUGUGGGACGAAUAAUGACGAGUGUUUCGGAGAAAAUUUGGCUGAAGAAGUCUUUGGAAGAGUACUUCGAUCGAGAAUAGUACAAUUACAAAAAUAUUUUUUAAUAAAAAUUAUAUUAACCAAGUAUU